AUGAUAUGUGAGAAUUGUGAUGAGGAGAUUGGAGAUGCUGUGACUUGUCCAAUCUGUGGUGUGAUUCAGAACAUUACUGAAACUCAAGUUGACGUUUUCUCAGGUUUCUAUUCAAAAUCACAGAAAAUCUCACAACCUGCACCUCUGCAAGUUGAUACCAUACCAAUCAGUUCACAAAUUGGUUUAACCACAGACACUGCUGAUACUUUAGACACUAAGAUAAAAGUGAGAAUUUGUGAGUUACAAGAAUUAUUAAAGAAUAUAACUAAAAUAUUAGUAAUUAAAUACAACGUAACGUAUAGAGUUGAAGUUUACGCUAAAAAUCUCUGGAAAUCUUUUCUAACAAGGUUUAUCACUAAUCUCAAUUCCUGUCAGGAUGUCAAUGUCAAUUCACCACAUAAUUCUGGAAAACCUCUUGAUGAACCAGUGAAUGUAAAAUCUCUGGAUGAACGUUUGGUAGUUGAAAUAAUAUGUAAAAGUUUAAAUAAGUAUCGAUAUCCCAUAAGUAUUAAUGAGUUAUAUAAGCUUAUUAUAUAUAACAGGCUACCGUAUAUUAAUUUUAAGAAGAACCCAAACUCGCAAUCUAACAGAUUAGAUUACUUGUUAGAAGACUCCAGUGGAUUAAACGACAGUAAAGUGGAUAUAUUGUGUAGAAAAAUAAUGAAAUAUUUAAGAUUACCAAGUAUUUGUUUAAUAGUGUUGGAUAAGUUAGUUGGCUGUGUUUUAGAAGCUGAGUUUAAUUUAAGUGAUGAAAUACUCUCCUGUGCACUGGUUCUCAUUGUAUGUCGUCUACUGUGGCCAAUUUUUCAUAUUCAACCCCCAGCACAUAAUACAGCCACCAAAUCAACUGUAGACAAUACAUCUUCUAAAUCAGCUGUAGAAAGAGUUAAUAUACAAAAUGUUAAAGACGAUGUUAUAAAUGAGUCGGAUAAUAGAAUUUUAAAAUACGUACUGGAGAAGUACAGAGAGAAGGAUAUGAACUCGUUUAUGUCAUCAAUUUUGUACAGAUACACAAGUAAUUAUUAUCUCCAAUUUAAACUCUCAAGUCUUAAACAUCUGUUCAAGUCACAUAAUACCACACUUAAUUUAUUAGGAUUCAAGCUUCCAAAUACUUCCUCUGAGAACGCUAUUGCCGAGGAUAGUGACGAUGGAGUGGAUGAAUUGAUUCACAAGUUGAAAAGAGGAUUAAUGAGUAAUAAUGAAAUUUAUUAUGUAAUAACGAGUUUGUUUAGAAAUUAUCCCAAUUAUUCCGGAUUCUCACUUGAAAAAUUAUUAGAAUUUACUCACUUUACUUUUACUAAUCAUGACCAGAAACGGCAAACGUUCAAAUCCUUAAAAAAAAUUCUCAAUACCAACCAAUACAAUAUUUAUAACAGUAUUAAUCUGUCCACACUAUUGAACAAGGAUAACAGCGAAAUGAGUCAAAAUACUGUCAAUUCAGGUGUGAAGACAAAUUUGUAUGAAUUUGAACUGAAUAGGAUAAAUAACUUAAUGGGACACAUGGAUACAGUAACUGAAAUCGGAUACACUCUCCCAAACAAACCAUAUAAACUUAAAAAUAAAUCCUACAGUGGGUUGCCUGUAAUAUAUAUUUUAACUUUGAAGGUGGUGAGUAAUUACGCUGGAGUUUCCCAGUACAAAGUUCAUGAGAAUGUAGUCUCAAUUGAACAGUUUCUAAUCGAUAAAUUUAACUAA